AUGCAUUCAGUGUACACUGUAGCCGUGGUAGCCGAUGAUCUCUCAGCGGAGAAGCGCAUCAGUAGAUUCGCGUUCGCGAAGCGGUCUCCGUACAGACAGUUUGCAUUCGCCAAGCGACUGGCUGAGGACGACGGUGAGACGGAUGUGGAGAAGCGAGCUCGAUUCGCAUUCGCGAAGAGGUCGUCACCACGGGCAGCCUCCUUUGCUGCAUUAUAG